GCUAAUGAUCCAACUCGCUUCUUGCUAGCCGCCGUUAAACGUAAAAGAAGUUCACUUUUCUCGAACCACCAGACUAGCUAAUGGCUGAAGUAGACAUUGGGAGACAUUGUCAGGUUGAUUCCUGUAAUGUCAAAGAUUUUCUUCCAUUUGUUUGUGACUGCUGUAGUGGUGUUUAUUGUCUUGAGCACAGAAGUCGAGAGGCCCACUCGUGUGCACAGGAACCAGUGAAGAGAGAAUUGAGGACUACUGGUGGCAGCGUGAGUUAUUCCUGUUCUUUUGAAGGCUGCAAGGGAAAAGAACUGCUACCAGUUUUAUGUCCACAGUGUGAAAAACACUUCUGUUUGGCCCAUCGUCAUCAAGAUGAUCACAAGUGCGAAAAGUUGGAGGCCCAAAAGCCCCGGAUGGCAGCCACCAAAGAGCUAGUGCAAAAGAUUGUAGAGUCAAAAGCUGGAUCCAAAAGCAAAGGAUGCAAGGGAGCAAAGAACGCUGCCACUGCAGCCAAGGUAGCUCUGAUGAAACUGAAGCUGCAUGCUGUAGGAGAUAAAGGGCUGCCACAGACAGAAAGAACCUAUUUUCAGGUGUAUCUUCCAAAGGAAGCCAAAGAGCGCAGCCAGCCCAUGUUCUUUUCUUCCAAAUGGAGUGUUGGGAAAGUGGUGGAUCACGCAGCCUCUCUAGCCAGCCUGAAAAACAACAACAAUGUACUGACAGCAAAGAAGCUGCGUCUCUGCCAUCCCCAGACUGGUGAGGCUCUCAGGAUGGAUGACACCCUGCUCUCUCUGCUGGCUCACACAGAAUCUCCCCUGCAUAACGGGGGUAAUGUGAUCCUGGAGUACCUGGACAAUGAGAGCUCAGGCCUGGAGGAUGUUUCGGACUAUUUCACACAGACGUGACCAAUCAACAUAAUGGCUUUGUACAUUUAUGGAUCAGUUCUGUUUAUAGUUUUUUUUUUGUCAAAAUGCUUUAUUGAAACUGGUUUUACAUGCAAGACAAAUUGACAUAAUGAAUUGCCACAUGACCGAAAUGAAAAUAAAUAAAUAAAAAAGA